AUGGAGAACCGAGGGAAUGAUUUUCCUCAAUGUCCAGUUGGUAAAUUUGAUGGGAAAGGGAACUUCCAGCACUGGAGAUCUCAGAUGGAGCUCUUCUUCAAAAUAAUGGAGUAUACAGAGGUGGUGAUCAAUGGAUUUACAGAUCCAGGAGACCAAGCAAAUCUCACACAAAAUCAGAGGGAGGAACUGAUUCGAAACAGGAAGAAAGAUAACAGAGCCUUGAUGUAUAUUUAUGGAGCAAUUGAUUCUGAAAUCUAUGAGAAGAUUGCACAUGUUACCACAUCGAAGGAGGCCUGGGAUUGUGUGAUCAAUACCUUUGUGGGAAGAGAUAAAGUGAAGAAGGCCAAUGGGGAGGUUAUCAAAGAACUCCAGAUUGUGGAGAAAAUCCUUCGAACCUUGACGGAGCGGUUUGAAGGACAGGCCUAUGAACAAAGGCUGAAUGAGAAGUUGGAAAUGGUGAUUGAAGAAGCAUUGCAAACUCAGUUAAGCUUCAAAAAGGAGAAAAAUUGCUUGAGAAGGUCGGAGAACAAGCAGUUUCAUGCCAAGUUUGCAGAGGACAACAAUGACAGUGAAGAGACUUUGUUGAUGGCUUUUAGUGCUAUGAUUAAUGGUGAACAGAUCACAUGGUACCUGGACACAAGCUGUAGCAAUCAUAUGUCCGGUCACAAGGAGUUGUUCGUUGAGCUAAAUGAGUCAAUAUGGUCAGAGAUUACAUUUGGGAAUUCUGCAAGGAUGCCAGUUAAAGGAAAGGGCAAGAUUUCUAUCCAGCUGAAGAAUGGGAUGUACAACACCAUAUGA